AUGGGAAAACGGGAUUUCAUCAGCCACAAGUCUUUCCGCACGAAGCAGAAGCUCGCCAAGGCGAAGAAGCAGAACCGUCCCAUCCCCCAGUGGAUUCGCCUCCGAACGGACAAUACCAUCCGCUACAACGCGAAGCGGAGGCACUGGCGCAAGACUCGUCUCGGCAUCUAG